AUGGAGUGGCUUUGUUUGAGAUCUCGGGUGAAUCAGGAAUAAUACGAGUGCGGUAGCCCUAGGUUUGCCGAUUCGAUCCUCACUGCCUGUGAUCUGUGGUACCAGCUGUUAGGUUUUAACUAUCAAGAAGUCCCUUAGUAUCGGAUUGACACAUGUACUUGUUCUCUAUCGUAGUAAAACAGCUGCCUCAGAGCGAGGAUGAAGCAUCCUCGUAGUUCGUGACCUGUUAUAUAAAUGGGGCCUAAUUUUCUCCUCUCGAGAUAGCGUUGCUCUCCAUGCGAAGAUAGUUAAUUACAUCCAGGAGAACAACUCGGCCCGCAAUGGCAAAAUUACAGAAUAUCCCAGAAAUCAUCCUCCUUUGCAUGGAGGAGAAGUUCAUCACGGCAUUCAACGAAGCUCUCCCGACGCAAUGGCCGUCCUUCGCGGAAAACCCGAAGGUCAAGAUUACCGUGCUUCAUAUGGGACUCCAUGCGGUUCCGGCCACAACCAAGUUCCAAUUAGUUGUCUCACCUGCCAAUUCCUACGGCCGCCUGGAUGGUGCCUUUGAUGAUGCGAUCUCGCGGAAAUUCUGCUGUCCACAUCAUCCUUAUGAUACGCUAACGCGCGCAGCGCAACAAGUGCUUUACGAAAAAUGGAGAGGCUUUGCGCCCCCGGGGUCUUGCACGCUGGUCCCGUUUCCUAAAGAUAUGGAAGGCACAAAUGCUUGGGGCUGUAAAUGGGUAGCGGUUUGUCCGACCAUGCGAGCUCCAGAUAACGUUAUGUGGGACCGAGAAGUGGUGUACGAGUGUGUGUGGAGUUUGCUAUGUCAAGUGGAAGGCUGGAACCAUGACCGAUCCGAGGACAGGAUUGAUAGUAUACUGAUGACACCACUGGCGACGGGGAUUGGGCGUGUAACUCCUCAGAGGUGGGCAUCGCAGUUAAUCCUAGCGAUAAAGCAUUUCGUGGAUGCGUUGGAGCGACCGGAGAGGUGGAUUCAAUUGGGAUGGAGGGACAUUGAAGAGGAUAUGCUGGAGGUCGAAGAAACAUGGAAAGAAUAACUUUGGUGCAUUGUCAAUACGGGUAGAUCAGGGUCUUUAAAUUAGUUGAAACUCUCAAUCUUUGUGUUUACGUAUCUGCAUA